UCUCUUAGAUCGUAAAUUAGAUUUGCUGAUUGUUGUAGAGGUCUCCACAUUGCCCGUUGCUCAUAUAUAUAACUAUAAAAAUAAGCAACAUAUUUGUUGUGUUCCCGGUUUAUUUACUUCAUUAAUUAACCAGCGAAAAAUUCAAAUUUUAAAAAUGUCUGUAUCAAACCUGACCACGGCUGAAGAUUUCAAUGAAUUUCUCAAGUCUGAAGAAUUGUUGGUUAUACAUUUUUUCGCACCUUGGGCAGAGCAGUGUCAGCAAAUAAAUGAUUUAUUUGACACCUUGGCCGAAGUUGAAGAUUUCAAAGGCGCUAAGUUUGGAAAAGUUGAAGCUGAAAAUCUUCCUGACAUUGCUGUCAAAUAUAAAAUCACAGCUGUGCCAACAGUCGUGUUGAUCAGAAAUUCAAACCAAGUGGACAGAGUUGAUGGAGUAAAUCCCGCGUUGAUUGGAGAAAAAAUAAAAAAGUAUUUGUCUAGUAAAUCGUCAGCACCCACGUCAGUGGAGACCACGGAACCCGUUAGUCUGGAUGAGCGAUUGAAGAAGCUGAUAAAUAAAGCUUCUUGCAUGCUGUUCAUGAAAGGAGAUCGCGUUACCCCAAGAUGUGGGUUCUCGAGAACAAUAGUCGGGAUACUAGACUCUUUUAACGCCGACUACCAGACCUUUGAUAUCCUUCAGGACAAUGACGUGAGAGAGGGUCUGAAAAAAUUUAGCAACUGGCCGACUUACCCGCAGCUGUACAUCAAUGGGGAAUUGAUUGGAGGUCUGGACAUCGUCAAGGAAAUGAAUGAAAGUGGAGACUUAGAGAGUAUGCUUCCUAAAAAGUCAACUGAAUUAAAGAGUUGAUUUUUAAAUUACUUGGGCUUAAUUAUCGAAUGUACUUUUUGGAUUUAUUAGUCGAAUAAAUAUUCAAAAAAAUUAA